GUCGGUGCCAGGGUGAUGGGAAGCGCUAGCUGUGACCCCAGGUGCCGGGAGGGUUCUGUGAUGCUCUAUUUGGUUUUGGUAAAGUUUUCCUUUUGCUUUCUCAGACUUCCUGUAGACCAUUUCUAUGAAAGAUUUUCUUCCCUGUUCUCUACUCCCUGGGGUCAUAGUAAUCCUAGCAACCCAGGAGACAGAGAUCUGGAAGAUCGUGGUUUGAAGCCAGUUUGAGCAGAAAAGUCCAUGAGAUUUCUUCUCCAUUAGCCAGCAAAAUGCCAGCCUGGCAUGGUUCAAAAGGUAGAGCAUCAGCAAGAAAGCUGAGUGAGAGCACCAGACACUGAGUCAGGCUCUGUUAAUGGCACACGUAAAAAGACAUAGAGAUGUGGCGCGAGGGGUUGUUUUUGCCAAGGAUAUCCUCACACCACACCGCUGGGCCUUUUGCCUCAGGGAGAGCCCUGCUGCCCCUCUGAUGACCUGGGUGAGGGCUCUGUGGACAGCCACAGUACCAGCUUUCAGAGUUGGGGACAUUUAUACUUACUUUCUUUUAACAAGACACCUGCAGAAAAAACUUUCCGGCCACCCCAACAUUGUCCAGUUCUGCUCUGCAGCUUCCAUAGGAAAAGAGGAAUCAGACACUGGACAAGCUGAGUUCCUCCUACUCACAGAGCUCUGUAAAGGACAACUGGUGGAAUUUCUAAAGAGAGUUGAAUCUAAAGGUCCUCUGUUAUGCGACACCAUUCUGAAGAUCUUCUACCAGACCUGCCGAGCAGUGCAACACAUGCACAGGCAGAAGCCACCCAUCAUCCACAGGGACCUCAAGGUUGAAAACUUGUUGCUUAGUAACCAGGGAACCAUUAAGCUGUGUGACUUUGGCAGCGCCACGACCAUUUCACAUUAUCCGGACUACAGCUGGAGUGCCCAGAAGCGAGCAAUGGUGGAGGAGGAGAUCACAAGGAAUACCACACCCAUGUACAGAACGCCAGAAAUCGUAGACCUAUAUUCCAACUUCCCCAUCGGCGAGAAGCAGGAUAUCUGGGCCCUGGGCUGCAUCUUGUACCUACUGUGUUUCCAACAGCAUCCUUUUGAGGAUGGAGCAAAACUUCGGAUAGUCAAUGGGAAGUACUCAAUUCCUGUCAACGACACUCGAUACACAGUCUUCCAUGAUCUCAUUCGCUCCAUGCUGAAGGUCAAUCCAGAAGAGCGAUUAUCCAUCGCUGAGGUUGUACGCCAGCUGCAGGAGAUUGCCGCAGCCAGAAAUGUGAACCCCAAGGCCCCCAUCACAGAGUUGCUGGAGCAGAAUGGAGGCUACGGGAACCCAGGGUCAUCACGAGCACCGCCUCCUCCUGGGGGCCCCACAAACAGCGGCUACAGUGGAGGACUGGCUCUGGCUGAGUACGACCAGCCCUAUGGUGGGUUCUUUGACAUCCUUCGGGGUGGGACAGAGCGGCUCUUCACCAAUCUCAAGGACACAUCCUCCAAGGUCAUCCAGUCUGUAGCUAGCUACGCAAAGGGUGACCUGGACAUAUCUUAUGUCACGUCCAGGAUUGCAGUGAUGUCCUUCCCAGCAGAAGGUGUGGAGUCAGCCAUCAAAAAUAACAUAGAAGACGUGAGGCUAUUUCUGGAUGCCAAGCACCCAGGGCACUAUGCUGUCUACAACCUAUCCCCAAGGACCUACCGGGCCUCCAAGUUCCACAACCGGGUCUCUGAGUGUGGCUGGGCGGCCAGGCGGGCACCACACCUCCACAGCUUAUACACCCUCUGCAGGAGCAUGCAUGCCUGGCUCCGGGAAGACACCAGGAAUGUCUGUGUCGUGCACUGCGUGGAUGGGAGAGCAGCCUCUGCCGUGGCCGUCUGUGCCUUCCUGUGCUUCUGCCGUCUCUUCAGCACCGCUGAGGCCGCGGUGUACAUGUUCAGCAUGAAGCGCUGCCCACCUGGCAUUUGGCCAUCUCAUAAGAGGUACAUUGAAUAUGUGUGUGACAUGGUGGCAGAGGAGCCCAUCACACCUCACAGCAAGCCGAUGCUGGUGAAAGCUGUUGUCAUGACCCCUGUGCCACUGUUCAGCAAGCAGAGGAAUGGCUGUCGGCCAUUCUGUGAGGUCUAUGUGGGGGAUGAGCGUGUGACCACUACAUCCCAGGAAUAUGACAGGAUGAAGGAAUUUAAAAUUGAGGACGGCAAGGCAGUCAUUCCCCUAGGCAUAACAGUUCAAGGAGAUGUGCUCAUUGUCAUUUACCAUGCCAGGUCUACCCUGGGUGGGAGGCUACAGGCCAAGAUGGCAUCCAUGAAGAUGUUCCAGAUACAGUUCCACACUGGGUUUGUGCCUCGCAACGCAACCACUGUGAAGUUUGCAAAAUACGACCUGGACGCAUGUGACAUUCAGGAAAAGUAUCCAGACUUGUUUCAGGUGAACUUGGAGGUGGAGGUGGAGCCUAGGGACAGGCCCAGCCGAGAGGCCCCACCAUGGGAGAAUGCCAGCCUAAGGGGGCUGAACCCCAAGAUCCUGUUUUCCAGCCGAGAGGAGCAGCAGGACAUCCUGUCUAAAUUUGGGAAGCCGGAGCUCCCCCGACAGCCAGGUUCCACAGCUCAGUACGACGCUGAGACGGAGUCUCCAGAGGCUGAGAUCACAGAGUCAGACUCUCCGCAGAGCAGCAGCACAGACGCCAACCACUUUCUCCACACGCUGGACUGGCACGAGGAGAAAGAACCAGAGACGGGUGCAGGAAAUACCUCUCCUAAGGAGAGUCAUUCUGCCCUGAUUCUAGAUGGAGAUGGAAGUGAAGCCUCAGAUGAGGAGGAAGAGCCCCCAUUCCCCUGUGGGGACAGGCAGCCGAGGGCUGGCGAGCACAUGCCAGACCCAGCAGCUGGAGCCAGACAGCAAAACUUGACAUUUGAGGCAGCCACAGCAGCCACGCCACAGAAAUUGGAGCCACCAGAAGAGGGCAUCGACCUCCUGGGGCUACACUCUGAGGCGGACCCUGGGCCUGCUGCCUCCGUACCGGCCUGUGGGGCCCCCUCCAGCCACGCUGAUCUACUCAGCUGCCUCCUUGGGCCACCUGAAUCUGCCCCAGUGGGCUCCCCGGGUGACCUUCUUGACAGUGAGGCCCCCCUGCUCCUGGCAAGCCCAGUUCCUCCCCUGAGUGCACAGAGCACCCCACACGGAGGGGUCCCUGCCGCCGCUGACCCAUUUGACCCACUUGUGUUACCAUCCAUCUCCAACACCCAGCCCUGUUCCAAGCCUGAUCUCUUUGGCAACUUUCUCAGCUCUGACUCCACAGUGGCCUCGGCCUUGCCUGCUUUUCCCUCCACGCACAGCGCCCCACCCCCAGCCUGCAGCACUGCCUUCCUGCACCUAGGGGAUCAUCCAUCGGAGCCUAGCAAGGUGACAGCCUCCUCCAGCCACCCGGACCUGCUGGGAGGGUGGGAGGCCUGGGCAGAGGCUGCUGUGCCCAGGCCAGGCCCUACACCUGCUCCAGAAGGUGCCCUCUUCUCUCCUGGAGGUCAGCCAGCCCCUCUGGGCCCCCAGCCCAGCCAGGCCAAGCCUCAGAGUCUGGACCCAUUUGCUGACCUUGGUGACCUGGGCUCUGGUGUACAAGGCUCACCUUCCGGAUUCACUCCAGGAGGUUUCAGUCUCAAGUCGGCCCCUUCUCCUAAGGGCGGCAGCUCCUGGCAGACAAGUCGGCCAACAGCCCAGGGCCCUUCAUGGCCGCCCCCCAAGACUGGCACACAGCCAAAACCUCACUAUUCUACCAACUACAGCGUGAUUGGGGGCCGAGAAGAGAGGGGUGUCCGGGUGCCCAGCUUUGCUCAAAAGCCGAAGGUCUCAGAGAAUGAUUUUGAAGACCUGCUGCCCAGUCAAGGCUUCUCCAAACCUGACAGGAAGGGACCAAGGACCAUGGCAGAGAUGCGGAAGCAGGACCUUGCCAGAGAUACAGACCCUCUCAAGCUGAAGCUCCUGGACUGGAUCGAAGGCAAAGAGAGAAACAUCCGUGCCCUACUGUCCACCCUGCACAUGGUGCUGUGGGAUGGGGAGAGCCGCUGGACGCCCGUGAGCAUGGCUGACCUGGUGACCCCCGAGCAAGUGAAGAAGCAGUACCGCCGUGCAGUGCUGGUUGUGCACCCCGACAAGGCCACAGGACAGCCAUAUGAGCAGUACGCCAAGAUGAUCUUCAUGGAACUGAAUGAUGCCUGGUCCGAAUUUGAGAACCAGGGCUCCAGGCCCCUCUUCUGAGAUCUGAUGACGGUGGCGGCGCAAGGCAGCUCCGGGAGCCCAAGGCUGCUGGCUGGCCUGCGGAGGCCUGAGGCAGGUGUGGGGCCGGAUCGACGGCUCCCCACUGUCCCUUCGUUAGUCCUGGACAGAUGCCAGGCCACAGCCCAUGGGAGAAUGCAUUCCAAAGCUCUGAUUUUCGUUUUGUUUUUCUUUUGGUCCCAGAGAAGUGUUGAUUUUUUUGCUCCUUCCACAGCUGUCACAGCUCGUGCUUUACGUGGCGUGGUGUUGGGUGGCGCAUGUCAGUUGCACUGCUCCACGGCUCCUUCUCAGAAUCGGUGUGUGUUCACAGCCUCUGUGAUCAGCUGACGAUCAUCUGUACAUAAUUAAACUAUUUUCUGACGGCU